CCGGUAGCGGCGGGAGCUGCACUGGCCAGGGGUUCCGGCUGCAUUUCCAUGAGCGCAGCCGGUAGCGGCGGAGCUGCGGGAGCCGGACUCGGGGCGAGCUGGGCCGCCGUAGUCAACCUCGCGCAGUUUUUAGGUUAAUUCGAAUAAGAGAUCUGACCUGAUUGGCUCAACUCUACAACUCUUGGAGGAAAGUUAAUACUCACAGUGAGAGGAAUAAGUGACAUAGGUCAAAAUGAAUGCCAUGCUGGAGACCCCUGAGCUCCCUGCCGUGUUUGAUGGGGUGAAGCUGGCCGCGGUAGCUGCGGUGCUAUAUGUGAUUGUCCGAUGUUUGAACUUGAAGAGCCCCACAGCCCCACCUGACCUCUACUUCCAGGAUUCGGGGCUCUCACGCUUUCUACUCAAGUCCUGUCCUCUUCUGACCAAAGAAUACAUUCCACCACUGAUCUGGGGGAAAAGUGGACACAUUCAGACAGCCUUGUAUGGGAAAAUGGGAAGGGUGAGGUCGCCACACCCUUAUGGGCACCGGAAGUUCAUCACCAUGUCUGACGGAGCCACUUCUACAUUUGACCUCUUUGAGCCCUUGGCUGAGCACUGUGUUGGAGAUGAUAUCACCAUGGUCAUCUGCCCUGGAAUUGCCAAUCACAGUGAGAAGCAGUACAUCCGCACCUUUGUUGACUAUGCCCAGAAAAAUGGCUAUCGGUGUGCAGUGUUGAACCACCUGGGUGCCCUGCCCAACAUUGAAUUGACCUCACCACGCAUGUUCACCUACGGCUGCACGUGGGAAUUUGGAGCCAUGGUGAACUACAUUAAGAAGACCUAUCCUCUGACCCAGUUGGUCGUUGUGGGCUUCAGCCUUGGUGGUAACAUCGUGUGCAAAUAUUUGGGGGAGACCCAGGCAAACCAAGAAAAGGUCCUGUGCUGUGUCAGUGUGUGCCAGGGGUACAGCGCACUAAGGGCCCAGGAAACCUUCAUGCAGUGGGACCAGUGCCGGCGCUUCUACAACUUCCUCAUGGCUGACAACAUGAAGAAGAUCAUCCUCUCACAUAGGCAAGCUCUUUUUGGAGACCAUGUGAAGAAACCCCAGAGCCUGGAGGACACGGACUUGAGCCGGCUCUACACAGCUACAUCCCUGAUGCAGAUUGAUGACAAUGUGAUGAGGAAGUUCCAUGGCUAUAACUCCCUGAAAGAGUAUUACGAGGAAGAAAGCUGCAUGAGGUACCUGCACCGGAUUUAUGUGCCUCUCAUGCUGGUUAAUGCAGCUGAUGAUCCUUUGGUGCAUGAAAGCCUUCUAACCAUUCCAAAGUCCCUCUCAGAGAAACGAGAGAACGUCAUGUUUGUUCUGCCUCUGCACGGGGGCCACCUGGGCUUCUUUGAGGGCUCUGUGCUGUUUCCUGAACCCCUGACGUGGAUGGAUAAGCUGGUGGUGGAGUAUGCAAAUGCCAUCUGCCAGUGGGAACGGAACAAGUCGCAGUGCUCUGACACAGAGCAGGUGGAGGCUGAACUGGAGUGAGAGCCCUGGACUCUGGCGCACUCCAGCAGCCCUCCUCUGGAACCCGCAACCCUUGCCCGCUGUUUCAGGUCUCCCAUCUCCCUCAGCGACCUGGACCUGACCUCAGACCAUCAGUGGGGCCCCACCGUACACACCUGUCUCGAGUAGGUGGCUCUCCCUGGGAGCUCCAGGCUAUUUUUGUGCUUAGUUACUGGUUUUCUCCAUUGCAUUGUUAGCCAUGGUGACAAAUGACAGGGUCCUCACCUUCCUGUCUGGUUUUUUCAGCAUCUGAUUGCUUUUAAGCCAAUUACAUCUAGUUUCCCUAUUAAAAAUGUGUCCAAACAGCCAUUUUGCUUUGCCAAUCAAAAAGCUUUUCCCUGAGAACAGUGAAGGAUAUAUGUGGUUUUGUGGUGGUUGUAUGUGUCCUUACGUAGACCCUGACAAGAGCUCACCAUUCUGGGCCAGUGCUGAAGAUGUGACUCAACUUGGGAGUCUGAGAGCCUGCAACUCCCAGGCCAGAGUGUGGCCUCUUAAAUGGCAAAGAAAAUUCCGCGUGAGUCACAAACCAAGUUUCUUCCCUCACCAUCCACUAGGACAGUUCCCUCAAACCUUGUUGCCACUGCUGAGAGUUGCUUGAGGCACUUGUUAAAAAUUCAGCCUCCCAGGUCCCUCCCCUUGGAGAGGCUGACUCAGUGGGUCUGGGAAGGAGCCUGGGGAUUUUAAUUUUUGACAAGUGCCCCAAGAAAUUCUCAUCACCAGGCAAAUUUGGAACACAUUGUUCUACAGCACCUUUAAAUUAGAAGCAUAUUGGUGACUCAUUUUAUUGAAAUUCAUUGUCAAGGUCUGUUGCAUCCCUGCCCUUGUGUAAUCAGUGUGGUGUCCCCACAAAGGACCCUGGGUGGGAGUGGGCAUUUGGGCUGAGCCCUGGCUCUGCUUCUCAUCUGCUAUAUGACCCUGGAUAAGUCCCUUUGGACUUGAUUCUCUUCGCCUAUGAAAUGGGGGACUUGGACCAGGUAGAUUGCUGAGAUGACCACCAGUCCUAAGUUCAAUGACAAACUCAGUUUACUGAGCUUUGAGAGAACAUCCCUCCAGGCGAGGCUGGGAGCUCUUCUCCCAGGCUAAGCAUUUGCCUUUCUUUCCCCCACCCCUCAUUUCAUAUAAAGAGAUUUUUGGGGUCUUUUUGAGCACUUAAUUAUAAUUUUAGUUGU